CUCGAACACUUUGCUCCGAUCUCCAAUUCGGCCCAUAACCUCUAACGAUGUAAUUCCUAAUUAAUCUCGUUGUGCACCGUUAUUAUUUGUUAACAACGUUGAAAUGUUCUCGUCUAGUUGACGAGUGUUUGAUUAUCGGUAUCACUGCUGCACUGGCAAAUGCGGAAGAAUGAACAUCGAGUUGUCCGUUCGAAAAUUGCAGGAUCUAGUGAGAAUGAAAUUUCUCUACACCCUCUCCCGUGGUAUUUCCACUUGUAACGUCAAAUUUGGGAAAUAUGCCAGAAGAGAGGGAAAAUUUAUAACGAAAAUAUUAAAAGAAGAACAGACGAAGAGAAAGUGGUAUGCGAACCAUAAAAAGGCUGCUGCGAAUCCCUUAGGGGCAAGUACCCAACGGAUACCUGUAUCUAGCCGUAGAAAUACAGUUUUAAAUAAGCUCUUCAUGAGAUACAUAACCGACUUGAUGGCCACUGGAGAGAUAGCUUCGAGUAUUCUUGGCAGAGGGAUUGAAAUAUCUCGGGUUAACAUAACUCAAGAUUUCCACCAGAUUAAUGUAUUCUGGGCUAUUCAUAGUGCAGAUGAAAAUCCUGCAGAAAUAGAGAAGAUUUUAGCCCAAGCUGCAGGGCCUCUCAGACACGAGCUCAGCCAGCUCAGACUGAUGGGUGCUGUGCCGAUAAUACAAUUUGUCAGGGACAAGCAGUAUAUUGUGCAGAAAGAGAUUGAUCAGAGGUUAAACAUUGCUGAUUUUGGCGAUGGGUUUAUCCCAUCUGAUCCAAUAUUGCGAUUGCAGAGAAAGUUUACCCCAGUCCGUAAUGAAAUUGAUGGGGAGUCUGAACAAGAUGAAUCAGAAACUAUUGAGGAACCUUUACCAGUGAUGCGUCAUGAUGUCAUGGGCCUAGAUCAUGCCCGGAUUAUGACAAAGAUCUGUAGUUCUAUGGAGAAAUCCAGAGCAGCGUUCCAGAAUAGAUCUUUAAAUAUAUCGAACGUUGUACCUAGAAAAGUAGGAACGAGUUCUAUGGUGACAGAAUACCUAUCUGUAAAGGAAAGGAGAGAUGCAUUAGCUAUGUUUUUGAACAAAAGACAACAUAUGGAGAGGAAAAUUCGGAAGCGUGAAAGAGAAAUGUUAGAAAAUCCUGAUCCUUACUUGGAGGAUCAAGAAAACUUUGAUGAUACUGAUGAUAAUUUCGAUAUAGACAUUCAUGCUGAUCAAAUCCAACGGUGAUUAAUUUAAUUGAAAUCCGUACAUUCAACACUUACUUCUCGAUACUCCAUUGAUUGAUAACUCAUGAAUGGGAAGAUUAUUUUUUGAGCAAUUUACCUUCAAUCAAGCAACUAUAAUGACACAUGUGCACGUAUCUCGGUACAUCGACAGGCAAUUUGAAUCUUCGGACAUUAGCUAUAUGCAGAUAUCAUUUUGGAGUUUGAAUGAUCAGAUUCCCUUUGAAAUCAUAUGAUUGUACCAUUCAGACACCUGAAAACUAGUCAUAUUGAAAAUGUGUUAGUCAAAAGGAGAUAUGUUUCAGGAUGUAAACAAAGAAUAUAGACUUUUAUUGUUUCAUUUAAAUAUAAUACUUACAUAGUAAA